UUACUUCUUUUCCCUAAAACCCUAAUUCUAAAAUAGCAAAAUAGGAUUCUCAUUCCUCGUCUUAUUUCACACCGUAAGAUUUCAGAAUAAUCAUGGCCACGCUUCCCCUGUCAAGCCCGACCGACCUGGUCUCUUCCUCCUCAAUUGCCACUCUAAUUUACCCCAGUGCGUUCUCUUCCUCUUCCUUUGUUUCUUGCAACCCCAGAAGAAAAGGUUCCUUUGAACGCCAGAGUCGUCGUUCUGUGUCCGUCAGCUGCUCCUUCGCAUUGCUUGACAAUGCCAAGAUUAAGGUGGUCGGCAUCGGUGGUGGUGGCAACAAUGCUGUUAAUCGCAUGAUUGGUAGUGGUUUACAAGGAGUAGACUUCUAUGCAAUAAAUACUGAUGCCCAGGCACUGUUACAUUCUGCUUCCGAGAAUCCAAUUAAAAUUGGGGAGCUUCUGACUCGUGGAUUAGGUACUGGUGGGAAUCCAUUGUUGGGGGAGCAAGCUGCAGAGGAAUCACAAGAAUUAAUUGCUAAUGCUCUUAAAGGUUCAGAUCUUGUGUUCAUAACAGCUGGUAUGGGUGGGGGCACAGGAUCUGGUGCUGCCCCAGUUGUGGCACGAAUAUCAAAGGAGGCUGGUUAUUUGACAGUUGGUGUGGUUACAUAUCCAUUCAGUUUUGAAGGACGCAAAAGAUCCUUGCAGGCACUGGAAGCCAUAGAAAAACUGCAGAAAAAUGUUGACACACUUAUAGUAAUACCAAAUGAUCGUCUGCUUGACAUUGCUGAUGAGCAGACACCUCUUCAGGACGCUUUUCUACUUGCAGAUGACGUUUUACGCCAAGGAGUACAAGGAAUAGCUGACAUCAUCACAAUACCUGGGCUGGUAAAUGUGGAUUUUGCUGAUGUUAAAGCUGUGAUGAAAGAUUCUGGAACUGCAAUGCUUGGAGUAGGUGUUUCCUCCAGCAAAAAUCGUGCUGAAGAAGCAGCAGAACAGGCUACUUUGGCUCCUCUAAUUGGAUCAUCUAUCCAGUCAGCUACUGGAAUUGUAUAUAACAUUACUGGAGGAAAGGACAUAACCCUACAAGAGGUGAACAGAGUGUCUCAGGUUGUGACAAGUUUGGCAGAUCCUUCUGCUAAUAUUAUAUUUGGGGCUGUUGUUGAUGAUCGCUACAAUGGAGAGAUUCAUGUGACUAUAAUCGCAACCGGCUUCUCACAGUCAUUUCAGAAGACACUACUAACAGAUCCUAAGGCUGCAAAGCUGGCUAAUAAGAAGGAUGGAGGCCAAGAAAGCAAGGCAAUGUCUCCUCCACUCUCAACAGCUCCAUCAUCUAGAGCAUCCUCACGAAGGCUCUUCUUUUAGUUGCUUGCUUAGGUCUUUUUACCUUGUGAUUUUAUUCUUCUGUAGUCAAGUUUUGCUGUAGUUAUUCGAUUGUAUAUUGAUCUUGAAGCUUAAUUGAGAGAUAUAUUGCUGUCAUUUUAGCAGGGUGAGAUAUGAAUAUGAAGCAUCUGCCUCAGAUUCCAAGUUGUGGUU